AUGAAGCUCUCCAAUCCCCUCCGUCGCUGCGGCCCUGCCCUGCAGCGUCUGCGUACAUCUCCUGGCGAGUUUUUCGACUACACAUGGGAGUUCACGCGCCGAUAUUUCUUCACGGUCUCCUUCAUCGCACUUUUUGGCGCCAAAUUGUUGCAUCUAUACGCUCACAUCCACUCUCUCCCCCCUCCUAAAUUCAUCCUUUGGGGCUCGACCUUUUUCUUCCAGGAUGUGAUUCUCACCCUCCUCAUCCGCUUCUUCACUCAGAAAUUCCACUGGCGCACCGUCGCAUUGUUGUCAGCUUUGGUGAUUGUACCAUUCAGUUUGAUCAUGUCCGGAAUGACCGCCGCAAAUACCUCCUUCUACGUUGUCACCGGUGCCGAAAUCCACUGGCGACAGGCCAAAACCUUCCACCGCGAUGCCGCCGCGAUGCGCACAUUGUUGCAGGGAUUAACCGGGUUCCUGAUCGUGGAAGGCAUUCUGCUGACCGUGGCCUGGUUUCUGUCUGCACCACUGCAUCGCGUUGUUGGUGGCAUCCUCACAAUCCUGGGACAGCCUUUCAAAUGUUUGUUCCGCUGUAUGAGCCGAGUUCGUGCGUUCCGCCCGAGAUCCGCGUUGCCGGAACCCGAGAUCUACGAGCAGAUCGGCGUGGAUGACUAUCUCGACGACAAGAGUGACGAUGGCUCUUCUAUCCACCUUCUCGAGCCAUAUGGCGAAGUGUCACCCGUUGCGAGACGGGGACACUCGAUUCUGAUCAAGCUCGCCGUCUGGGUGCCAUUCCUCAGCUUGGUCUUGCUGCGCGUGGUUCGACCUUGGGAUCCCGCCUACAUGUUCUUGUCAGAAGCCUUGCCAGUGGCACCCUUCAUCGGUGGCCAUCGGCACUCCCCCGUCCGCGCUGGGGGACUGCCAGGGGACUAUGAGUGGCUGGAGGAUCGCACACCGUUAGACAAGGUACCCAAAUGGGACGGCUGCCGAAGGGUGGACUGCCGG